AUGGAAGAGAGCCGCAUUCUUGGGGAGGACCUCCAUAUCCUCCCCGAGCGAUUGCUUGAACGUUUAUCACAAAUCCCAGGUUACUCCUGGGAUCAAAACUUCACACCCAUUCAGUCCUCCUACGACCACUGGCACUUCACUGGAAUAAAAUAUUCCGCUGACUCCGAAACCACUUCGACCCAGACUGCUGCCUCUUCUUCCUCUCGAUCGAAAGCCUCUGCAUCAUCGCAUAACUCCCCGGAGUUGGAACCAAAGUCGUUUUUCCCCUCACAGUGGCGAAAGGCACCCAGCGAAGCUGGCAGCGAAAUUACCUCCCCGCGCGAAGAAGCUGAACGACCGUGGCUUCCUGUCAUUGCCCGUGUGUCCGGCCAAGUUGUUCGAUUAGAGCGCGAAUUUCAUAUCCUACGUUCCAUAGUUGAAACCUCCGAUCCAGAAUGUAAACACACAGUCCGCCCUAUCGAUAUCAUACAUCUUGCUCGUCAACCAGAGGACAGAGGGCUGCUUCUCGUAACGAUCUACGAAUAUAUAUCACCCAACUACUUAAGGAGGUUGAUUCCUGGCGGGCCAAACUCCUUUCAGAUGGAAUACACUACCACCGCUUCAUCUGCCCCCAAUAUUGAAGAGGUUCCAUUGCAAGCAUUUUUUGAUUUUGCCAUUGGGGCAUGUGAGUGUCUUGAGUUAUUACAUUACGGCUUGAAGACAAUUCAUGGCGAAAUCCGUGGCGACGCUUUCCACUUCGCUGAAGACACUAGAGCUGUUAGGUUGAUGAAUACUGGAAAUGGACCUAGAUCGUUCGAUAACGCCCUGGGUGACGGCUGGGCAGUUUUGUCUAAGGAGAUUGGCGUAAGAAACAAGUUACAAUUCAUCGCGCCUGAACAGACCGGCAGAUUGCCAACGGAGCCUGACAGCAGAACGGACAUAUAUGCACUUGGUAUUUUAUUAUGGAUUAUGCUCGCUCGGAAGCCGGCUUUCGAAGGUAAAGAUCUUGUCGAGGUAGUGCAAAAUGUUCUAAGCAAGAAGCUAUCUCCUAUAUCGAGUUUGCGUCUCGACAUGCCUGACGCAUGCUCAGCUGUUAUCCAAAAAAUGACGAAAAAACAAAUCAGCGAGAGAUAUCAUACAAUCUCAGCAGUUAAAUGGGAUUUUCAACUGAUUUCGAAACUGCUGGGCGAUGGGAAUGCAAAUGCACUUGCGGACUUUCAAGUAGCUCAGCGGGAUGUUUCGUCCUUUUUCACGUUACCCUCUGGAAUGUUCGGACGAAAGGUGGAAUUCAACAGAAUCAUGAGUGUGGUAAACAAAGCCAACAAACGUCGACAAGCCGCCACCACCACUAACAAAUCAAGCCUGUACACAAUAAGUUCUACUUCCUCAAUUUCUGGCGACAAGCUAGAUAGCGUGGAAGUCGAUGCCUCCAGUGAUUCGGGUUCUUUGGGAGCGCCUAUUACCGCGUUCAAGCCGAGUUCAACUUCUCAUUCUGUGCUACCCUCUCAAGAUUCUAUGCUUAUUGCUGAACCGGGGGCUAUAGGUGGCAAAUCUGCACUCUUAUCAAGUCGUAUGAAGAGCCCAACGGAUUCACGGAUGUCAUGGGAAUUUAUUGAACGCGACUCCCCCAGUAUCGCGUUCGACACCAGUACUUUAGCGCGGCGCAAGGCUGCUCACACUAAAUAUCGACAUGGUGGCCGAUGCGAGGUUAUAACUGUAUCUGGCCCAACUGGAAUGGGAAAAUCGGACCUGAUCCAGCGCUUGCUGCCCGAAAUCCGUAAACUUGGUUAUGUUGCCGUUGCAAAGGUUGACCGACAAUCUAAACUGCCGUUUGACCCCUUUCUCAAGGCUCUAGCCGGCUUGCUGCGCCAGAUAUUUUCGGAGCGUGAUAUUUCAACAGAAUAUCAUAAUUCGAUCCGCGCUACUCUGCAACCUAUUUGGCAUACUCUUCAUCAGUUUCUGGACCUUCCGUAUCAACUACUCUUCCAGGAUAAUGUUGAAUAUGAGACGCCAGUACACCAGAGGGCCUUCCAACCUCUGAAAGGACUGAAGGAGGGUAUAGAAGAAACAUUUGGCGUCGGUGCUCCAGAAUUUACCAGUCUCAGCCAAGGGCAAUCUUCUCACGACUUUUGUCAAGGGCCCACGUCCUCAGGGAUCAAUUUUGUGGAAAUCGUGAUUGAUGUGCUUAGGAUUAUGUCUUUGUACGAAGUUAUCUGCAUAUGUGUGGACAACGCACAUUUUGUAGACGAUGAGUCUGCUGGUUUGUUACUCGACAUUAUGAAACACAAAGUAAGAUGCGUCGUAAUUCUUACUGGCCGCACCGACGACAUUAUCUCGCCUAUCAUGAAGUCCUUUUUUGAAACAGAAGGCCCCAAUGUUACAAACGUGGCACUGGAACCACUUACGGAAAACGAUAUACUUGAGUUUGUUGCAGCGACAAUGCACCAACCUUCGAACAGUUCCUUGGUGCCGUUAGCUGCUGUCGUCCAAGAGAAGAGUCGCGGAAACCCUUUCUAUGCCCGCAUGAUCCUCGAAACGUGUUAUCGCAAGAACUGUAUCUGGUACUCCUGGAGAGAUGCUGCGUGGGAGUUUGACCUUGACCGGGUGUUUUCCGAAUUCGUGGUACCUGGGUACGGCGAAGGAAUCGGAACCAGCUUUGUUGUCAAAAGGUUGCAAGAGAUGCCAUCUGCAGCGCGGUCAAUUGUCCUAUGGGCUGCUUUGUUGGGUACCACCUUUUCCUUUUCCUUGGUGCAGAAGCUACUCUCAGGGGAGUUUCUCUAUGAAGUUGGAGGAGAGGACAAGGAUGAUGUGACCUGCCCAGCACAAACAAAAUGGACACAAGAUAGCAGUGAUGUUGUGGCAGGCCUUCAGUUUCUACUUCAGGCAUACAUUCUCGUUCCUGGAGAGACCGAUGAUGAAUUCAGGUUCUCCUCUGAUCACUACGCCCAAGCAGUCGCUUCUAUGCGGCAGUGUCACAAUUUAGAGAAAAUGCAUUUUAUUAUAGCACAAACUAUGAUGAAGUACUUACCUGAUGAUGAGGCUACAAUGCAUCUUAAAGCACGCCAUAUUGGGCUCUCCUCAAAAUUAGUUAAGGAACGGAUUCCUAUACGCACUGCAUAUCGUGAUGUCUUGUACCGAGCAGGACUGUCAAGUUACAAUUCAGGUGCCAAGGCAAUGGCCCUCAAACAUUAUCAACAAUGUAUUUUCCUUCUACAAGACCACCCUUGGGCUCCCGAUACUCCAGACACAUAUUACGAUGAGACCAGGGAGCUUUACAUACAAACUGCAGAAAUGCAUCUCGCCUUAGGGCAAACAGAUGAAACAUUGAACGCCCUUAACGUUGUUUUUGAGAAUGCACGCACAGCACCUUGCAAGGCCAGAGCUUGGACAUUGCGGAGCCGAGUUCACUCUGUCUUAGGAGAUAUUUGCGCAGCCUUGGACGAUUUAUUCACUUGUCUAGAGGAGCUUGGCGUGAAGUUGAACCGCGUAACGACAUGGGAGGAGAGCGACGAGGCAUACAGAAAACUUGCGGAAUAUCUCCGGACUAUUGAUUUUAGUACCCUGUUAUCGCGACCCCUCAGCAACGACCGAGCUUUAAUGGCAGCUGGUGCGGUGAUGAACGAAGCCAUAUCUGUUUGCCUGUGGCUUGACCCUAUGAUGUUCUUCCAUUUAACGGUGGAAAUGAUGCGUAUUAACCUCGAGUACGGGGCUAUGACGCAGGUAGUUUACCUGUACUGUCAACUGUCAGCGAUCGCAUUGAGUCGUUUUAAGGACAUUGAACUAGGUCUGAAGCUCAGUGAUGCCGCUCUAUCGAUCCUGCAUGUCACCAACGACCCAUCAGCAAUCGCGCGUGGCAUUACGAUUCAUAACUAUUUUAUCAACCACAUGCGAGAACCGGUAGCUACGAUAAUACCCUUCUUAGAAACGUCAACGGAGGCCGCUUUCUUCAUCGGCGACCGUUAUUAUAUUCUCCUUAAUAUAUCCUCGAUGGUUGUUACUCGGCUCGCUCUUGGCUACGAUUUAGGAGAGAUCGAGGAUCUUUGCAAUGAUGCAACUGAAGGGAUUAAUGAUUGGGCCCAUGAUAUUCGUGGAGGAGUUAGCAUAGUAGCAGCCCGAUACCAGGCAGAGCUCAUGGAACGGCUUCCAGGAAGACCCCAUGUUCUGGUUAUGUAUCGCAGUAUCAUUUUUAUUCCCCUGUACGCUUUUGGUCACUAUUCAAAGAUAAUGGAACUGGGGGCCGAAAUGAUCGAUGAAUUACGCGGUGUCUUUUCGUUAAGAUUAGCCACUCAGGUUUAUUUUUAUCUUUCGCUGGCUACUCUCUCCUUGCAUCUCGAAGACCCCCAGCGGCCAGAUUUAGAGUCUAGCAUUAACACAGUUGAACGGUACAAAAAAGAAAUUGACUAUAUGCGAAAUGCUUGCGAUGCAAAUUAUGGAAUGUGGUCGUUACUGGUCAAAGCUUUGCUUUGUGAGGUGAGGAAGGAUUUUCAAGGAGCGUUGGUAGCCUUUGAGGAGGCGUUGGACCAUGCUCAAAUUCACAACUGGCCAAUCGAAGAAGCACUCGCUUACGAACUUCAAGUUGAUUUCCUGGUCCGGCGGGGUGCUAAGCGUGCAGCGCAAAUGAUGCUCCAACCAGCUAUUUCUGUGUGGAAUAGAAUUGGAGCCUCCAGAAAGGCAAGGCAACUAACGGAUAAAUAUGAAUGGCUAACGAGGAUCGGAACAGUCUUAAGAACUAAUGAUGUUGGCUGCCAAACAGUCGACUCACUUCUCGGCGUUCAGCAGACUAACGUUACCGAACCUGUCUCUGAAUCCCAUGGUCUCAAUUCACUUGAGAGUGGCCUUAACCAAAAAUGGCUUGAGCAAAACCAGAAGCCAACUGAAGGACCUUCCGAUAUAACUGGGGUUGGGUUAGACAUUAUCGACUUAUCUACAAUCAUUGAGUUUAGCCAUGUAAUGUCAUCCGAACUCGAGGUCAACAAGCUCUUGACAAAAAUGGUCGGCAUAAUACUGGAAUCAUGCAGCGGAUCGGAACUUGCUCUAGUGAUCACCGAGUUUGAGUCACAGGGAUGGUGUGUUGCUGCCUUGGGCGACAACGAAAGUGAGCCCAUUGCCUUUGAGAACGGGCUACCUUUCUCUGAUGUGGAAGAUAAAAUGGCCCAGCAGAUCAGCAACUAUACUCUUCGUACAAGAGAGCCAGUUCUAGUGCAUAACGUCUUGGAGGAUGAUAGAUUUACUAAUCUUAGUGAAGCCUAUACAUCCCACCAUCCAUAUGGCCGGUCCAUAAUCGUUUUACCAAUCAUUCAGGCUAAGAAAUUCCUUGGGGUAAUACAUAUUGAAGGGAAGCCUAAUUCCUUUACCCAGCGCAAUUUGGUACUUUUGCGUCUCGUUUGCAAUCAAAUGGGCAUAUCUCUUGCAAAUGCAUUUCUUUUCCAGGAGGUGCGGAAAGUAAGUGCUGCUAAUGCUGCAAUGGUAGAAGCACAAAAGCGUGCGCUGGUACAAGCUCGGGAAGCGGAGCAUAAAGCUAAAGUCGCAGAAGUCGAAGCCAACCAUAACGUUAAACUUAAGGAAGAUGCAGCUAAGGCCAAAUCUAUCUUCCUUGCAAAUAUCUCGCAUGACUUGCGCACGCCCAUGACUGGAGUGAUUGGAUUAUCGGAAUUGCUGAAAGCUACCAAGCUGGACCCUAAACAGGACGUUUACGUUGAGUCAAUCCGUGUUUGUGCGGACACGCUGCUUACAUUAAUCAAUGAUAUUCUUGACUUUUCGAAACUUGAGGCCGGGAAGAUGAAGGUUUCGAUUGUUCCAAUUAAUCUCCGCCAAACAAUCGCCGAAGUCGUUCGCGCACUCCGUUACACUCACCGGGAAAAGGGCCUUGAAACGGUCGAAGACCUUGAUAGUAUCGAUCCCAAUCUUCUUGUUAUGGGCGAUCCUGUCCGUUUGCAUCAAAUAUUCAUGAACUUGCUCAGCAACAGCUAUAAAUUCACUCCAAAGGGAUCAGUUACAGUUCAAGCAAUAGUCGAAGAGGAUACUCCAGAGCAAAUUCGCGUAACUUGCAAGGUUGCUGACACCGGAAUCGGUAUAUCAGAAGAGCAGCUAGUUCGCUUGUUCAGACCUUUCUCUCAGGCAGACAGUUCUACCGCGCGAUCAUACGGCGGCAGCGGAUUAGGAUUGAGUAUAUGCAAAGCUAUUAUCGAGGAUGUCCUUGGCGGAAGAAUAUGGCUGCAGUCUAAGGAAGGUGAGGGGACUACGGUAACGUUUACACUUGUCUUUAAGAAGGCGGGCAAGGAUGUGGUUCCAAAAACUCCGUGGACUCAAGAACCAGGACAGAAACAACCACACGCCCAUACAUUACGGGAUAUUUCUCACAUACCUCGCGACCACGUCAGGAUUUGCAUUGCAGAAGACAAUCCUAUUAACCAAAAGAUUGCAGUCAGUUUCGUUCACCAUCUAGGGCUAUCAAGUGAAGUAUAUAGUGACGGUGAGCAAGCCGUCGAAGCCCUUAGACAGAGAUCUAAGGAUGGGAAUCCAUUCCAUGUUGUCUUGAUGGAUGUCCAAAUGCCGGUGCUAGACGGUUGUGAUGCGACACGUAAGAUUCGUCAAGACCCAGAUCCAAAUGUUAACGAAGUGCUUGUCAUUGCGAUGACUGCGAGUGCCAUAGAAGGAGAUCGCGAGAAGUGCAUCGAUGCUGGCAUGAAUAACUACCUAGCCAAGCCUGUGCGAUCAGAUGUUCUCAAAGGCAUGCUCGACAGGUAUCUCGCACCGCAGACUAAGGCAUUACCAAAGAGGUCAAAAUCAUCUGCUGCUGCUUCGCGUCUGAUAGAGUUACAAGCUUCAGCUCCGCCUAGACACCAACCUUCUCCACCGUUAAAGGACCGAAUUGCAGAGGAAAAAAAGACCAAGGCUGCGGUAGAUGCUGCAAUUGCGGCCGCAACUAAAAGGCGAAAAGGGGCAGCGAAUGGUAGCACUGUGACUGGGGAGAACAGCAAACCUACCAAGCCUACCGAUCAGCCUACCGAGGAGACAAAGGUGGAAGAACUUAGGGAGGAUGAUGACAAGACGCCGACCCCAGAGCAGUGA